AUGGCUGGCAUCGCCAACAUCGCUGCGCUUUAUUUGCUGUGGGAGUCCGAGGAGUCCGAGGACCGUCGCAAACGCAAACGCCGUCGUCUUUGGGUGCACGACAUCCUCCGGAGACGGCCACAGCUGGGUGAGUUUCACCACUUGCUCCAAGAACUCCGCCUGGAUGACGGCCGGUUUCAGCGGUACUUUCGACUGAGUCGGGCCCAGUUCGAUGACCUGCUAGCCCGGGUUGGUGCCAGGAUCUCCCGUCAGGACACCAACUACAGGCGCUCCAUAUCAGCUGCGGAGCGCCUGUCUAUCUGUCUCCGAUUCCUGGCUACUGGCGAUUCGUUCCGGACGAUAGCCACCAGCUUCCGGGUCGGGGCCUCCACCGUGGCUUCCAUCGUGUCCGAUGGGGUGACGGCUAUAUGGGACUGCCUGGUGGAGGAGUUCAUGGCUGUGCCCACUACCGAGGACUGGAGGGUGAUUGCGCAGCAGUUCGAGGAGCAGUGGAACUUCCCUCUCUGUUGCGGUGCCAUCGAUGGGAAGCAUGUUGUUCUGAAGGCCCCUGCGAACUCCGGUUCGCAGUUCUUCAACUACAAGGGAACAUUUUCCAUUGUUCUCUUGGCAGUUGUCGACGCAGACAAGUGCUUCCGCAUCAUCGAUGUGGGGGGCUAUGGGAGAACCAGUGAUGGAGGAAUUCUGGCCUACUCGGUGUUUGGUCUGGCCCUCCGAGCUGGCGAUCUCAAGCUCCCUGCUGACAGAUGGCGGAUCUACCGGAUGGUCAUCGAAGUCCGUCCUGAGCUGGCGGAGAGAUGCGUCAAGGCCACCUGUGUGCUCCACAACCUCCUCCGCAGAACAGCACCAACAGCAGCAGUGAGAGAUUGCCUCCCGGUUGGUGUGGUGUUGCCUCUGCCAGGGCUGGGGAGAGUGGCUGCCAACAACGCCGGGAGAGAGGCCAUCCGGAUCCGCGAGACCUUCACCUCCUACUUCUCUGCAGAAGGGACCCUCUCGUGGCAUGACACCAUCGUAUAG